AUGGAGCGUGUGCGGGGAGCUGGGACCGUACUGGUGGUACUGGUGGUGCUGGGAGCCCCCCCGGCUGCGGGCGAGGAGCUCUCGGGGGUGUUCGAGGACAUGGCAAAGCACGAGUGUCACUUCAUCAAUGGCACCGAGCGGGUGAGGUUCGUGGAGAGGCUCAUCUACAACCGGCAGCAGUACAUGCACUUUGACAGCGAUGUGGGGGUCUAUGUGGGGGACACCCCGUAUGGGGAGUUCCAGGCCAGGUACUGGAACAGAAUACAGGAAAGGCUGGACUACUUUCGGGCUCAGGUGGACACGUUCUGCCGGCACAACUACAAGGUGUUCACCCCGUUCAGCGUGGAGAGGAGAGUGCCCCCCAGCGUGUCCAUCUUGCUGGUGCCCUCGAGCUCCCAGCCCGGCCCUGGCCGCCUGCUCUGCUCCGUGAUGGAUUUCUACCCUGCGCCGGUGCAGGUGAGGUGGUUCCAGGAUGGGCAGGAGCUGCCGGAGCACGUGGUGGCCACCGACGUGGUCCCCAAUGGGGACUGGACCUACCAGGUGCUGGUGAUGCUGGAAAUCCCCCCCCGGCGCGGGGUCACCUCCCCCUGCCAGGUGGAGCACGUCAGCCUGGAGCACCCCCUCAGCCAGCAGUGGGAGAUGCCACAGGACAUCGUCUGCAGCAAGAUCCUGGUGGGGGUCGGGGGCUUCGUGUUGGGUUUGGUCUUCCUGGUGCUGGGGCUCGGCUUCUACCUGCGGGAGAAGCGCCUGAGUCGACGGCGGCUGCAGCCCCUCCCCGUGGCCUCGGGCCCAGCUGGGAUCCCCCAGUCCAUCCCCACCCAGAGUUCGUCUUAUUCCACCAGUUUCCAAAAUGCCAAAAACUACCAGACUGACCUGAGGACCAAAAAGAACCAGGGAGACCUGAGGGUAAAAAAGAAUCAGAUGGACCUGAAGGCCAAAAAAGACUGGGUAGAUCUGAGGGCCAAAAAGAACUGGGGAGAUCUGGGGACAAAAAAGAACGAGAGAGACCUGAGGACCAGAAAGAACAGGGUAGACCUCAGGACCAAAAGGAACCAGACAAACCUGAGGGCCAAAGAGAAUCGGGGAGCCCUGAGGGCCAAAAAGAACGGGACAGAUGUGAGGGUCAAAAAGAAGCAGGUAGAGUUGAAGGACAAAACGAAGCAGGUAGACAUGAGGGCCAAAAGAAACAGAGAGAUCUGA